CUUGGGAGCCGUAGCAUUGCUCUACCCGCAGCGUUAACGACCUGCUCCAAGCCGUGGUAAGAGAGGAUCAUGUCCUCCCUUUCAUCGGCUCCCAACAGUACCCGAGCAGUAACUCCGGGGCAGAGAGAGUCCCACGCCGCCCCCUCCGACGAAAGGCUGGAAGGAAAUUGACGUACAAGAAAGAAGUGUCAGAAAAGGCAGGUGGUUGAGAUGGCAGCAUCAAAAAUUCAAGCUCUAUGGAACCACCCAGCAGGCCCUAAAACCAUUCAUUUCUGGGCCCCAACUUUUAAAUGGGGUAUAAGCAUUGCAAAUGUCGCUGACUUCUCCAAGCCACCUGAAAAAAUUUCCUACCCUCAGCAAAUUGCUGUUACUUGCACUGGGCUCAUCUGGUCACGUUACAGCAUGGUAAUCACGCCAAAAAACUGGAAUCUUUUCAGUGUAAAUGUUGCAAUGGCUGGGACAGGCCUUUAUCAACUUUUUCGUAAAAUUAGGCAUGAUUAUUCUUCUGAGGUACAAGGAGUACCUGUGAAAGAAUGAAAAAUAUCAUUCCGGACCUUGCCAGUUUUGGGGUGAGCUUGUUUAAAUAGGAGCAACACUGUAGUGUUUGUGAAGUUUACCAUGGUUAUGGUUUCAAUUCAACAAUGUGUUAGUGAAGUUUGUUAUGUUGCUUAUGGGUCAAACUCAACAAUAUACUCUUGUUUCUCGAAUAUGGAAGAAUGAAAACAUUCCUUCCAUAUGAAGGCCUGCAUUUUUAUUACGAGCAGUAGUUUGGUAAUCGUGUUUGUAGCUGGCUGCUCUCAUUCA